AUGGCGACCACAGUUGACAAGAUCAAAGAUAUCGAGGCCGAAAUGGCCAAGACCCAAAAGAACAAGGCCACGUCCUUUCAUUUGGGACAACUGAAAGCCAAGCUCGCCAAGCUCAAGCGUGAGCUCUUGACACCCUCGGGUGGUGGUGGCGGCGGCGGUGCCGGCUUCGACGUUGCGCGUACGGGUGUCGCGAGUAUCGGCUUCAUCGGCUUCCCGUCCGUGGGAAAGAGUACCUUGAUGAGCAAGUUGACGGGCCAGCACUCCGAGGCCGCGGCGUACGAGUUCACGACAUUGACGUCCGUUCCGGGUCAGGUCACUUACAAUGGUGCGCCGCUGCAAAUCAUUGAUUUGCCGGGUAUCAUUGAAGGAGCCAAGGACGGCCGCGGUCGUGGUCGCCAGGUCAUCGCCGUCGCAAAGACGUGCCAUCUCAUCUUCAUCGUCCUGGACGUCAACAAGCCCCUGACGGAUAAGCGUGUCAUCGAGACGGAACUCGAAGGCUUCGGCAUCCGCAUCAACAAGUCGCCGCCAAACAUCACCUUCAAGAAGAAGGAAAAGGGCGGCCUCAACAUCACGAGCACCGUGCCCCUCACCCACAUUGAUCACGACGAGAUCAAGGCCGUUAUGAACGAGUACCGCAUCAACUCGGCCGACAUUGCCAUUCGCUGCGACGCCACCGUUGACGACCUCAUUGACGUCCUCGAGGCGAGGAGCAGAAACUACAUCCCCGUCAUCUACGUCCUCAACAAGAUUGACGCCAUCAGUAUCGAGGAGCUCGACUUGCUCUACCGUAUCCCGAACGCCGUGCCGAUCAGUUCGGAGCAGGGCUGGAACAUUGAUGAGCUGAUGGAGGCAAUGUGGGAUAAGCUCAAGCUGGUUCGCGUUUAUACGAAGCCAAAGGGCAAACUGCCAGAUUACUCUCAGCCCGUCGUGCUCCGCUCAAACAGGUGCACGGUCGAAGAUUUCUGUAACCAAAUUCACAGGAGUAUCCUCGAACAGUUCAAGACCGCCAUUGUGUACGGCAAGUCCGUAAAGCAUCAGCCUCAGCGCGUCGUCACAAUCGUCAAGCGCUGA